UUCUUUUUUUCUUGUUAAUGGAAGGUUCUGGUUUUUCUACAACCACGCACAUUAUAAAUUGAGGCGAGAAGUCCGGCUGCCGCAUAGACAUCGUGGUUGGCUUGCGAUUGAGGGAAAUUAGGGCAUCAUACUUCUGUCUUCUCCAACGCUAUUUUUACGCAUCUGAAUUGGCAUUGAUUUAUUUUAAUUUCUGGAAACGAGCAUGGCGGGUGGAAAUUUCAUCCACAGAGUAUUUUCUUACCUCGUGAAUGAGGUUCUCGUCAACAGUCUUGCGAACAGCCGUUCCUUUCAAAGGUUUGCUGUGAAGACAUCGAAACAAAUUGAGGAUAUAUCUACCAAGGCUGCACAGAAGAAGCAAGAACUUGCAGAACAAGUGAAAGAUUUCUCCAAGAAUUUUGAUGUGAGAUGUUUCUUUCCACUUAGAUCUUUUCAUUUUGAAUAGCAUAGACGUAACCUUAUGCCCUGUAUUCGCUCGUGUUGCAGUCUUUCAAGAACCAUUAAUGUGGAGUGGAACGUUUUAUGGCAACAUGAUGUAAAUCCUAUUCCAAUUUUACUCUUAAUAGUCGCAGAUUCCCCGAAGAUUUGUUUAAUAACCUUAUCUUGUCUACGUGUUUUGUAAUUGUGACAGUAGAAUUCUAGAUUUGUUCUUGGUUACCCGGUUGCCUUUGCCUGUAAUUGAAGCGAAGAUGAACUGAUUUCUUCCUUGGCUUAUGCCUGCAUGUAUCUGAUUUUGUAGCUUUUUUCCCCGCCAUUAUCAUCAUUGGACAGUGGGACUUUUAAAUAGGUCUUGAAACAAAGACAUGGCAAUUGAAAGUCAUAACAAGUUUGCUUUCGAUUUUUUAACGAAA